UGCCUCCUCCAAAUGCCAACCCAUAUCCAUGGAACAAUCAGCAAUCAGGUAGUUCCACUGCCUUGAGUAGUUCCGCUGCGUUGUAUAGUUCCACCAUACCAAUGAUGGGACCUCCUCCAACUGCCUACCCAUUUCCAUGGAGCAAUCAGCAAUAUCCAUGGAUGCCUAGUUUCGUUGCCAUGCCUAGUUCCGCUGCCAUGCCUAAUUAUACAACCAGUGCUAGCUCUAGUGUAGCUAGUAGCUCGUGCUCCGCUUUACCAGCAUUUAUUCAUUCUACAAAUGCCAACCCAUAUUCAUGUGGCAGUGAGGAAAAUAAGGCACAACAAAGUCACUCUGUCGAGGCAACUAGUGAUGCAUCCCUAGACUCGAUAGAAUUUGAAGCUCAAUAUACUGCCUCUUUGGGUAAUACUAUUGAUACCAAUGAGGCUGGCAGUUUCGAGACACUAUCCACGGAGCCUACUACAGGGUGUGAUAUCACUGAGGAGCCAAAGGCAGGGAUGUGCUUUGAAUCAGAAAAUGAGUUGGUUGCUUACUAUAAAAAGUACGGUAAACAAUGUGGAUUUGGGAUAAUGACACAGAGGAGUAAAAGGGAGAAGGAUGGGACUAUCAAAUACGUCACUCUAGGAUGUGCUCGUGGUGGCAAGGCACGGAAUCGGACGUCAAAUGUCUCUAAGCCUCGGCCAACAAGCAAGACAGACUGCAAGGCAAUGAUGAAUGUAUUGUUGAAGAAUGAGAAGUUGUGUGUCACAUCGGUAUUUAACACACACAAUCAUGUGCUAAGUCCAAGAAAAUCCAGGUUUUUCAGAUGCAAUAGAGAAGUUAGUGAGUCCGUUAAGAGGGUUUUUGAUACAAAUGAUGAGGCUGGCAUACGGAUGAAUAAGAGUUUCCAAGCUAUCGUGACUGAUGCAGGUGGGUUUGAGAACGUACCCUUUGGGGAAAAAGAUUGUCGUAACUACAUUGAUAAGGCACAUCACCUACGGUUGGGGAAAGGUGGUGCACAAGCGUUACUUGAGAUUUUAAAUU